CACUGACUGCUCUAGUUACGGACAUUGCGAGUUAAGCAACAGUGCGAUCAUUUUUGAAGUAAUAAUGCUGGCCGGAAAGAUCGGUUUGGUGAUUCUUCUUGGUGUCGCUGUGACACAAGUUCUGACAGAGAAUUGUGAUGCUCACGCUGUCCUUGAGAGAUAUCUGUCGUGUACUCAAAGUCAAAUCGGGAUAUCUGAUGCCACGAAAGCCACCAAGUUUGUGAUUGAUUUGUGUCAAAAUUUUGAAUGUGCCAUCAAGUGCAUGACAGACAAGGUGGGCACUUGCUUCAAAACCGAUGGCUCUUUUAUCUAUGAUCCGGUAGUAUUCAAAGUGUCAUCUCGAGUGAUGUGCAACCACAAACAAAAAAUGCUGGAUGUUUUAGAGCUUUGCAGCACGCACAUUUUCGAAAAUAACGCCUGCUUCUCAACGUUUGUGGACCAAUUUGCGAAUUCUUAUGAAGACUUUCUGGAUGGGAACUAUUCGAGCUACAAGACGGCAGCUUGCAAUGCAUUCAAUACCUUGGUGGGAUGCUUUGAAAGCGACCCAAUCAUGGCGUCAGGAACGUGCACUUCUGACCUUGCGGCAUUCGCAACGGAUGUCUUCGUUGUUUCCUACAGCUACUCCGAAUGCGGUAUUGCACAAACCCACGAUUACUUCACUACAUACGCCGGUGACAUCACUUGUGGUGCGAAUCGAGUUGCCAUGACAAUGGCAUACGUCAUAUCCGCUUUAAUUUUUGUGUUUUGAGCAAUGCUUUAUUGAUUGACUUAACUAUUAAUACCAUGGUAAAGAUUUUAAUUGUAAAGUUACUUAUGAUAUACAUGUUUAUAGUAUACACUAGUAUUUCGUCUUCAAAAACGACGAUUUGCUGACUUAAAAUUUGAAAUUAAUAAUGGCAUGACUAUAUGAUAUUUUUAAUUCUAAAAUAUUCAAUAAACAAAAGUUGUUCAAUUGGUAAUUCGAUUAUACAGCACUGACCCUUUAAUAGUUUUUUAUGCCCACGGAUCGAAUGAUCGGGGGUAUAUUGUUUUUGGCCUGUCUGUCAUUGUAUGUGUGUGUAUGUGUGUGUCACUGUGUGUGUGUGUCCAAAACUUUAACAUUGGUCACAACUUUUGCAAUAUUGAUGAUAGCAACUUGAUAUUUGGCAUGCAUGUGUAUCUUAUGGAGCUGCACAUUUUGAGUGGUAAAAGGUCAAGGUCAUCCUUCAAUGUCAAAGGUAAGACAAUCAAAUCUGCGCAGUAGGGGGGCAUUGUGUUUCUUACAAACACAUCUCUUUUUUUUUUUUAUUUUACACUAUUGCCUCUUUAAUUAUUUGUGUUUUUUUUUUAAGUCAUCGUGUCAUCGGUUCUAAAUUAUGUAAUCCGAUCCACUUUCACUGUUUUAGGCUACAUGCAUAAGUCAUCGAUUUGUAUCAUUUAACUUUUUAAAUAUUUUAUCUCUGACGGGCGUUUCUUGUUUGAUAUAUUUGUUUAGCAGUCACAUAAAUAACCAAGCUUUGCAAUAUGGAUCCUGCACACCCAUUAUUGCUGCUUCUUCUUGUAUUGUCACGAUGAUGAUCUGAAAUAUUAAUUAUAGGAUGCUAUAUUCUUAAAUCUUUUUCUUAAAAGAAGAGAUGUAGUUAACACUUGUUCGUAAUUUCAUUUCAUCGUUCCUCAAAAAGUUGUUGAUCUGUUGCUCUGGUCUUCUUUCUUACAUUUAUUAAAUGGUAAUGUAAAUGAAUGAUUCCCUUGUAUUAUUGUUUAAUUUGAGUUGCAAUGCUAUGAGGAUAAAUUUAAUUAACACUUUUAUGUAUCAUGAAUAUUGCUGGGCCAAGUGUGAGGUUGAGCGCUCUUAAACCGGUUUAAACCCCCAAUGCUGUGCAUUGACCGUUCUCAGGCGUUGACCCCAGCUUUAUUCGUCUAUGUGUGUAUGUUGUUUCGUAUUGUGCUGUUUCGUACUGUUUUGGCAAUUUGUCACUUGAAGGACCAACUAAUUGUUUAUAAUGAGAAUGCAAUACUACUCCAGCAGAUGGAGUUUCACUUCUUUAUAUUGACACUUUAUAUUAUGAUUUUUAAAAAAAAGAUGCUAAAUCACGAGUCAAUGUAUUGAUAAAAAUCCGAGAUUUUCAAUAUUUAUUGACGCAUUGUCAAUUUUAUUGACAAGUGUUUUGCACCCUUCAAUAAUAUUCAAUCAAUAUGUAUAGUCUCGUCAAAAUUUCUGUACAGUCAACAUGGCUUAAAAGGGCAAAAAAAUAUUCUUUCAAUAUUAUUGAGUCAAUAAAAUUGACAUUGAUAUUGUGUGUGGAUGGGGGGGGGGGCUUUAAAGGGCAACAAAUAUUCUGUCAAUAUUAUUGAGUCAAUAAAAUUGACAAUGAUAUUGUCUGUGGAUGGUGGGCUUAAGUGGUCAAUACCUUAUUUAUGGAGAUUGCUGUACCCAAACCGUGUUUAAAAACGUGUUAAAUGUUGUCUAAAACAGUAUGAUUACAUAACAUUGUUAUUAUGUUUAUCUUUCAUGGCUGUAUUAUUUUGUUACUAAGAUUGUUACAGGAGACUUCUUAAUCGGAACUAAUUAAUAAAUGUGAUCUUACUU